AUGUCAGAGUCCUACUACGAUCAUAUCGCCCAGCUCGCCUCGGCUCAAAUCGACAGGACAAACUACUACCCUCAUCAUUGGCCUUUGAUUCGCACCGGCUCAGAUGUCAGGAUACGAGACGCCGCACCCACCAGCCUUCCCUCCAAGCUCUCCAAACAUCCGAACUACUUAGACUAUCCCCUGGGCGGCUCACACGUACCCACAGUCUUCAUCCGGGUGGCCGAUGAGUUGCCUCAGAACCCUAUGGGCGCGUACAAUCCAGACAUCAUCGUCUACAUGCAUGCUGUUCGCGUAUGGCGCGAUACAGAUGCAAAGUACGCACUCGAGCCCAAGUUCGUGCUUCGUGGACGCCUCCGGGACGCUUCUUCUUCCUCAAGCAGAGCGCCUCCGUAUCGGGUCAUUUGGGAGAAGUUCAAUGCGUACAGACGCGGCUGGGCUUGGGUCUACGACCUUCCGAGAGUCUUCAGUUCGAGAUCUCUUGGCGAUAUAGAGCGUCUCGGAUACACACCCUCUACCAUCGAGCGCCAGGUGGCUUCGUUACCGCACGAAAGCGAUAGCACCCGGUACAAUUCCUUUUCAACGGACCAAAUGGUCGGUCUACUCGAACAGAGCCAUCAGUAUAUGGCUCAAUUCACUUCUACCGAGAAGCAGGACGAUCUCAUGUGGUACGGCUUGAUGUCGGCGCAGAUUGACAGAAAUCAUCGGCUCAGGCCGUGGUUCCAAGCGCCCAUAUUCGAGAGAUUCGACCUGGCUAGCGGUCAGACGCAGUUGGAGACGUACAUUUCAGACGGUCAGGCCUUACCUGUCCUGGACCGUGUCAUGUACACAUUAUCUCCUACUCGCAAUCGUCUCGUUCCUCGGGCGGUCGUUCGGCCAGUAAGAGUGGUGCCAGAGGUGCGCUUCGAAACCAUCUACACCAUUCCCGCCAGCCUCCAAGAGCUUACGAGCGUCGAUUUGGCCUACGCGCCUUCACUCGCGCGUCCUCAAUGGACUCAAGCGGAGAAGUAUCGUCCCUUAAGACUUCUGAUGGAUCGACCGCGACCCAUGGGACAUCCUCUUGAUCUCUUUCCCCCAGAGCCUCUGUCUGGCUCAACCGCCGAAAGAAGCGUCAGGUCUGCAACUGCGGAAUCGUCACGCCGCAGCGCUCAUGAGCAAGCAGAAGCGACCACACAUCGACCACCUCGACCGUCUUUCCCUCCGAGCUUGAAGAUGGACGUUAGCGACUCGAAGAGAGAGCAAGACGAGGAGCUUGAUUCGAGGCACAAGGUGCGCCUGUCUUCUUACGAAGAUGCAGAGAGAACCCCGGGGAACACGGCGCAGCCAGUCGAGGAGCCGGAAAUCUUCUUUCCAGCGAGUCCCAAUCUCGUGCAGGGUCUCGAGCCGACGCAUCCUUCUCCUAUCCCGGACCCCGUGGCUCUGGUCCAGGCACACGCAGGCGGAGCACAAGCAGGUCAUGUGUAUCCUCAGCCAUUCGGGCCUCCUCGCUUGGAACAUCGGCCUGCACCACAACCAGCGCAGCCUCGCCAGCAAGUCAGGUUCCCUCAUCACCGAUACGACGGUCCAAAUCCAUACGAGGCUCCGCAGGAUAACGCUAUCGAUGUCCUGAUGGCCCACCUGAACCCUCACGUCGAGGACGCCUGGCGCUAUGGGGACGUCUGGCGCUACGGUCAUCCUUGA